GGCUUUCUGAAGAGUGAGCGUGUGGCACGAAUGGUACAGGGCGGAGGCUGCUCAGCCAGUGAUUUCCGUGAGGUCUUUAAGAAGAACAUCGAACGCCGUGUGCGCAGCCUGCCCGAAAUUGAUGGCCUGAGCAAGGAGACUGUGCUGAGCUCCUGGAUUACCAAGUAUGAUGCCAUUUUUAAGGGAGAAGAGGACCAACGGCGGUCUCAGGGACGCAUGCCCUUCAGUGCAAUAUCUGAGCUCAUCCUCAGUAAAGAGCAGCUCUACGAAAUGUUUCAGCAAAUUCUGGGCAUCAAAAAGUUUGAACACCAGCUGCUUUAUAAUGCCUGUCAGCUGGACAAUGUUGAUGAGCAGGCAGCACAGAUCCGCAGAGAACUGGAUGGGAGGCUACAACUUACUGACAAAAUUGCCAGAGAAAGAAAGUUUCCGAAGUUUUUGUCUAAAGACAUGGACUCGAUGUAUGUGGAGGAGCUGAGAUCAUCUAUCAACCUGUUAAUGGCAAACCUGGAGAGCCUGCCUGUAGCCAAAGACUUGAAGCCCAAAAUCAAGCCAAAACUCACACCUAUGAACAGCUUUCUAGACAUCGGAGAUGAGAAUGACCUGCCCCUUUCCAAAUCAGAUGUAGUGCUGUUCUUCACCCUGGAGAUUGUGAUCAUGGAGGUGCAGGGCCUGAAGUCAGUGGCUCCUAACAGAAUUGUUUAUUGCACCAUGGAAGUGGAAGGAGGGGAGAAACUUCAAACAGACCAGGCAGAAGCCUCCAGACCACAGUGGGGAACACAAGGAGACUUCACCACCACCCACCCGCUGCCAGUAGUGAAAGUGAAACUCUUUACUGAGAGCACAGGGGUUCUGGCUUUGGAGGACAAAGAGCUUGGCAGGGUGGUCCUGAACCCUACCACAAAUGGACUCAAAACUGCAGAGCUACAUAAGAUGAUCAUUCCAAAAAACAGCCAGGAUACUGACCUGAAGAUUAAACUAGCUGUGCGCAUGGACAAACCACCAAACAUGAAACACAGUGGGUACCUCUAUGCAUUAGGACAAAGAGUUUGGAAACGAUGGAAGAGACGAUAUUUUGUCCUUGUUCAGGUCAGCCAGUACACAUUCGCCAUGUGCAGUUACAGAGAGAAGAAAUCAGAGCCGCAUGAGCUCAUGCAGCUGGAUGGCUAUACAGUAGAUUAUUCAGAUCCUCAGCCAGGUCUCCAGGGGGGCCAUGCCUUCUUCAGUGCAGUCAAAGAAGGGGAUCUGGUGGUGUUUGCUACAAACGAUGAACAGGACCGAACACUGUGGGUGCAGGCCAUGUACCGUGCCACUGGCCAGUCCUACAAACCAGUAGCACCUUCCCAAAACCAGCAGCACAACUGCAAAGGAGGGAGUGUCCAGAGAGAUGCUUCUGCAACAUUACAGAGUUUGGAGAAGGCAGGAGUAGAGGAGCUUAUCUCUGCCGUUCCCUGCAACUUUGACCAUGCCAACCUGUUUCAAACCCUGCAGAAACACACACUCAUCCACCGCAUGAACGACUCCUUCUCCUGCCUGGGAUGGUUCAGCCCAGGCCAGGUGUUCGUUUUGGAUGAGUACUGUGCUCGGUAUGGCGUGAGAGGCUGCCAUCGCCACCUCUGCUACCUGAAGGACCUGAUGGAAUUCUCAGAAAACAAUGCGCUGGUGGACCCCACCCUCCUCCAUUACAGCUAUGCCUUCUGCGCUUCUCACGUCCACGGAAACAGGCCAGAUGGGAUGGGCACCAUUACAGAGGAGGAGAUGGAGGAGUUUACAGAAAUAAGAAUGAGACUGUUAUCCCUUCUGGAGAAGCAGAUUACUCAUUUCAGAUACUGUUUCCCUUUUGGGCGCCCAGAGGGGGCCUUAAAAGCCACACUUUCUCUUCUUGAGCGGGUUCUCAUGAAGGACAUAACCACACCAGUUCCUGCUGAGGAGAUGAAGAAGAUUGUUCAGAAGUGCUUGGAAAAAGCAGCCCUUAUCAACUAUUCCCAGCUGACUGAUUUUGCCCAGUUUAAAGCUGAUAGCAGUCAGCUCGCUCCAGAGAAGAGACUCGAGGACAUGAUGCAGCUGGGGGAGCUGUGUAUAGAAGUGCUUCAACAGAAUGAUGAACAUCACUCUGAGGCCUUUUCCUGGUGGCCAGAGGUAAUGGCAGAGCAUGCUGAAAAAUUUCUGUCCCUUUAUACUGUAGACAUGGAUGCUGCUCUGGCUGUUCAGCCCCAAGACUCCUGGGAUAGCUUUUCUCUUUUUCAGCUCCUCAACAACUUCUUGCGUACCGAUCCUCAGUUGUGCAAUGGAACCUUCCACAAGCAUCUGCAAGAGCUCUACAUGCCACUGGUGGUUCGUUACAUUGACCUUAUGGAGUCCUCCAUUGCUCAGUCUGUUCAUCGUGGCUUUGAGCAGGAGACCUGGCAGUCUGUCAAGACUAUUACCAACAAUCUGCCAAGCGUGCCUUUGCCUAAAGUUCCCAACCUGCCCCUCAAUCUUCCUCAGAUGCCCAGCUUCUCCACCCCCUCCUGGAUGGGACCACUAUGUGAUAACACUAAUGGCUCAGCAACGUCAGAAGAUCUGUUCUGGAAGCUGGAUGCCCUUCAGAUGUUUGUGAUGGACCUGCACUGGCCAGAGCUGGAGUUCGCGAAACAUCUUGAGCAGAGAUUAAAGCUCAUGGCCAGCGAUAUGAUGGAAGCCUGUGUAAAAAGGACCAAAGUAGCGUUUGACUGUAAGAUGCAAAAGUCAAGCAAGUCCACAGUCUUCAGGGUGCCUUUAUCUGUUUGCACCAUGUUUAACAUUCUUAUGGAUGCCAAAAAGCAGUACUACAAACUUUGCAUUCUCGAUCAAGGCCAAGAGAUUAACACACAGUGGCAACAGUACCAUUCCAAAAUUGAUGUUUUGAUCGAUGAAACCUUUAAAGAAAUGAUGUCCUGUCUUGUUUCAAAGUUUGCGGCUGUUUUGGAUGGUGUGUUGUCCAAGCUUUCACGAUAUGAUGAAGGAACGUUCUUUUCUUCAAUUCUUUCUUUUACUGUAAAAGCAGCAGCCAAGUAUGUGGACGUCCCAAAACCUGGCAUGGAUCUAGCAGACACCUACAUUACAUUUGUGCGGCAAAAUCAGGACAUCCUCAGAGACCGUAUGAGUGAUGAAAUGUACACAGAGAAAAUCUUCGAUCAAUGGUACAACACUUGCAUGAAGGCAGUGUGUGUUUGGCUGACAGACAGACUGGACCUACAGCUUCACAUCUAUCAGCUCAAAAGCCUUAUUAAAAUAGUCAAGAAAUCAUACCGUGACUUUAGACUGCAGGGUGUCCUGGAUAGCACUUUAAACAAUAAAAGCUAUGAAACCAUUUACAAUCGGCUCACUAUAGAGGAGGCUACAGCUGCCGUGUCUGCUGGAGAUGGACUGCAGGGCAUCAGCAUGAGAGACAGUGAUGAAGAAGAGGGUUAACAUCUGAAUCAUAAUUUUCCACUGAUUCAAGUUAACUUAUGACUUGAUCAUAUAAAAUGUUUAAACAAAACAUUUUACUAGGGCAAAAGCUAUUCUUUUCAACACUGCUUAUUCAUGCUUAAUUGUACCAAUGUCACUGCACUUUUUAUUUUUUAUGUUUAGUAACCACCUGCAGAUGUCCAAAAUGUUUGUACCUGUUCUUUAUUUCAUUUAUUGUCUGUGGCAUUGUGUAUUAAUGUAAACAAUGGUGUCUAUUUGAAAUGCUGAUGAUGGUAGCUACAAACUUUUUGUCAGUGUAUCCCAGACUUGGUACAAAUGGGACCAUGUGUGAGAAUGUUGUUAUAUGCUCUUCACCUGUGGCAUUAUCUUUGUACAUGCUGAGCAAAAGUGUGGAACAUUAAUAAGAUUUUAAUUGUGUUAUUGAUUACAAUAAUAUGAACGUUUGUUCAAUAGAAUGAACAAUUAUUUGAGUGAAUUGUGUAUGUCACUGUAUGUUUUUGUCACUGUGUCGAAAAAAAAUUAACUAAAUUUUAAGAGAUGUAGGCUAUAUUUCUAUUGUCUUGUGCCUGAGUUUAAACAGAUGUUUAAUAUGUCAAAAAUAAAAAAGGUUUUAA